UGCGAUUGGCGCUGGAGAUAAACUAGACGUUUCCUAUGGAACAUAGUGUCUUUAAGGAUGCAAAGUUUUUCAUCAUCUCCUGUAAUGACAAAGAGGUAGUCAAUCUUCUUAAGUCUUUGGGUGCUGUGAGCCAUCCAUUCCUAUCAGAAAGUGUACGUUUUGCUAUCAGCGAUGAUCCAUCUCUUGCGGAAGUUGGAGAAGCGGAGGAAUUGUAUGCUGUUCCAGUUGUUACGAGUCGUUGGGUUAAACUCUCUGCUGAAGCACAAAAGUUUUUGCCAUUUCGUCCUUUUCAUCCGGACUUUAAACAUAUAUUCACAGGGACAGUAAUUGCAUGCAGUGGGUUGAGUGUAGCCGAUCAACUUUCAAUAUGGGCAUAUGUCACUAUACAUGGAGGCCAAAUGUGUCAUUACUUGGAUAAGUCUGUUACUCAUGUGGUUGUCGCCAAGGCUGCGGGAAAUUUCUAUGAAUAUUGUACUAAUAAAUUGGCAAACAACAAUGCUGCUUUAGAUGAAAAUAAUUCUAAACCAUUUAUAGUUACACCUGAUUGGAUUAUUGAUUGUUUAACACAAGAAACAUUAUUACCAUGUACAUCAUAUCAUCCUGAUUUGUUAAUUCGUACAACACCAUUACCAUCUCCGUCUAAACAAACCUGUUUAAAGAAGCCGCAACAAUCACAGUCCCAACAAUUGAAUGAGUCCAAAGAGCUGAAUUUACAUAAUAAUAAUAAUAAUAAUAAUAAUAAUAAUAAUAAUAAUAAUAAUAAUAAUAAUUCUAUAGAUGAAUCCAUAAAACAAGAAACUAAUUUAAUUAUCAGUUCUACAUUGGCUAAUGAUUCAAUAACACAUGAUAAUAAUAAUAAUAAUAAUAAUAAUAUUGUUGAAGUAAUUGGUACUACUGUUCUCACUUCUAAUGCAAAUAUCUCUGUCACUACAAAUAAUAGUAAUAUAAUAAAUUGUACAAAUAACUCACAACUAAAUCCAUCAUCGCUACAGCAGCAGCAGCAGCAGCAACAGCAUUCACAAAUUCAUACAAGUAAACAAUACUUAGUACAAACUAAUCAACUUAUGCAUCAUACAUUACAGUCUACACAUCAAUUAUCGACAGCAUUAUCAGGUGGAACAAAUGUACAAGCAGCAACUGGUAUAAGUGUUCAACAAAUUAAUAUGCGAAAUAUUGACCAAAAGUCAGCAUAUGUUGGUAGCUCAUCACCUGUACCUCAGAAUAAACCUAGUCGUGGUGGAAAUCCACGUGGUGGUGGCGGCAGCGGUUCAGGUCGUGGUUCGUCUAAAAAGGCUUCUCAAGAUCAGUUUCGAAGUGGUAGUCAGCAACAACAACAACAACAACGUUUUCCGCUGUCACCAUCUGCACCAAAUCGUUAUCCAGUUGCUCCAAAUGUGGGGCCUGUUAGUGGAGGUGGUGGUGCUGGUCCUCAACGAUUCCCAAUGAAUCGUCCACAGGGUGGUGUUCCACAACGUUACCCAUCCUCCACUUUACCAAUUUACACUGAUCCUGCAGUUCAACAAGGACUAAUGCAACAACCUGGAGGAUCUGAUGCUCAUGGAAAUCCUAUUUCACUAGGACUUAAUUAUUCCGCUUCCAAUGUAUCAACAAAUCAUUCUAAUAUAAUUUUGACUAAUAGUUUAUUACCGGCUACAACUUCUACAACAACAUUCAGUGGACAUUCAGUAAUUGGUAGUAAUACUAUCACAUUGACAACAUCAUUAACACCAACUACUGGUAAUAAUGCUAUAAAUAGUAUGACUGGAAGUAGUGGAGGAGUUGGCAAUAGCGGAAGUGUUGGUAAUAGUAAUAAUACUACUAUUACUGCUACUACUAGUACUGCUACUAGUACUACAACUACUACUACUACGACUGGACAUCAUGGAAAGACAAGUAAAUCAAAAUCUAGUAAACAUAUGCAAGAACAAAAUUUGAAUGAAGAAGAAAAAGAUGCUAUUGUUAUGCAAAAUGUGAAAAAUAUCCUUAGUUUACAGCAUACAUGGAAUCGAGAAUCAUCUCAUGGUCGAGGUUCUUCAUCAGCCUCUGAAACUCAUUCAUCUAAUAGUAAUGCAGGACACAAUCAAAAUGGGGCAAAUUCAUUUUCUGGAUCUCAAGGGGGAAGUUCAUCUAAUUUAAGCAAUCUUAUCAACUCUGGGUAUGGUAGUUCAUCCAAUUUAACUUCACAACUUUCUGGUAGUCAUCGAAAACCGAAAUCACCUAAAUCACCUUGUCGUGCUGUUGGAAGUAAUCUUGGUCAUAAGGUUUCACCGAAAUCUCCAAAAAAUGCUAAAGUUACUGGGAUUACUAAAACGUUAACAUCACCUCAUCAACAGCAUUUUCAACAACAACAACAACAACAACAGCAACCACAACAACAGCAGCAGCAACAACAUCAACAACAACCGUCUAUUGUGAUGGCUGGUUGCACUGGUUCUGCACUCCCUUCAGUUCUACUCACUGGUAGUUUACAACAAAUGCAAUAUAGACCAGUUAGUAAUAAUAAUAAUUCACUUCAAGGAACACCAACUCAACUUCAACGAUCUACAAGUAUGCAGCAUUAUUUAACUACAGCUACACUUGCAUCACAUCAAUCACAGUCAGUACAAGGUGGAACAUCAGCUUAUAUUGUACAAAGACAUCCAUGUGGUCAACUUGUAGCUAGUGUAUCACAACAAUCGACACAUGGACAAUUGCAUACACAGUCAUUUCCUGUUCAAAAUCCUUAUCAGCGUACUGGUAGUAUAUUGACUGCUGUUAAUAACUCAGCUUUAAGUCAACAGCAGCAACAACAACAACAACCACAACAUCAGGUAAAUGUUCAACAUUUUCAACAUACUACACCGGUUCAACAGCCAACUUUAUUGGUUCGUACUACUCGUCAACCAUAUCAGCAAAAUGAUAGCAUGGAAUCACAAUCGGAUAUGACUAUUAUUAGUUCAGAUGGUUGUGGAGAUAUUUUACUCACCAGUAAUAAUGUUAAUCCACAACAUCCACUAUCUUCUAGUCAUCAUCAAGUAUCACCAAGCAAUACUAUUCAAUCAUCAAAUCAUUUAUUUCAGUCAAAUAAUCAAACUGGAGGACAUAAUUCAACAACUAUUGAACAAACACCUCAUAAUAAACCAAAUGUUAACUCACAGUCAUCGUCAUCAUCAUCACCAUCAAUCACUCAACAAUUAUUACUUCAAUCUACUAAUGGAAGUAGUGUAGGUAUUGGUAAUGCUGCUGCUGGUCAACUUAUACAAAUCAAGUCAACACCGUAUACUUCAUCGGUACAACAAGCUUUAUUAUCGGAUGGCAACCAACAUCACAAUCAUCAUCAUCACCAGCAUCACCAGCACCACCAUAAUCAACAACAACCACAACAACAACAACAACAGCAGCAACAACAACAUCAUCUAGCUACUGUAACACCUAGUACUGUGAAUAAUAAUGCACAGUCAACAGCUACUAUAAUUACUGAUAAUCGUACACUUCAUCAUAAUCAUCUACAACAGCAAGUUAUUCAACCAAAUUGUAGUUUGGCAACUUCUUCAUCAUCAUCACAACAACCACACCAUCAACAACAAGCAGUACAACUUCAUUUUGCAUUACAAUCACCACCACCUAACAGUGUUAGUACUAAUAAUACACUGGGAACUAGUGGUAAUGUCACUACUAAUGGUAAUCAAGUCAAAUCACCAUCUACAUUGAACCUUUUGCCUCAACAGCAUUCAGCUGUCGCAAAUGUUGGUGGUGCUAGUGGUAAAAUCACACAAUUACAACAACAAAUUCAAACACAUUCUUCUCAAUCACCUACUACACGUCAUCCUAUCAAUAAUCAAUUGAAUCGGCAGUAUGUACAACAGCAGCAGCAGCAACAACAACAACAACAACAAUAUUCUGCUGUGUUGACGCCACAUCCUACACACUAUCAGCAACAACAACAACAACAGCAGAAAGUUCAACUUUCCCCUGCUGCUGCUCCUGUUGGUGUUGGCGGCGGUAGUGUUCCAUCACAGUAUCAGACCAUUCAUAGUUGUUAUACGCCGCAACAGCAGCAGCAGCAACAACAACAACAUCCACAACAGAUUAUAUUUCAAUCACCUACUGGACAGCAAAUUAUUGCGGCACCACAUCAAUCAAUGCCAAAUACAUUUGGAAGAAGUUUCACCAAUUCAACUCCAAGUGGAGGAAUGCUUCUUCGUUCUGUUUUACCAUGUUCUAGCAAUACUAACACGCUUGGGAAUGGUUUUCAUCAAAAUCAGUCUUCUUUAGUUACAUUGACAACUAAUCAACGCACUGUAUCACAAAUGACUAAUCGAGCUCCGACUAAUAAAGUUCUGUUUCAAACUAGUCCAACAGCUCAGGCGAAUACUGGUAAUAAUAAUGUCGCUGUGCAUCCUACACAACAACAGGGAACACUUCAACAUCAACACCACCACCAUCAACAACAACAACAACAACAACAACCCGUUCACGCGCCCCCUCAACAAAUUCUUUCAGGUGGGAUUAUUUCAGGUCAACAGUUAAAAACUAAUCAUCAAGUAGUACAUCAUAAUCAGUCUGUUGGUCGAGCAAAUGCUCAAAUGAUUAUGGGUGAUUCGUCGUCUGUCAGUGUGAUCACUGCCCAAAAUCAUCAUCAUCAUCCUCAUUCUCAUCCUCAUCAAACUGGCACAGUUCAUUCACCAUAUCAUCAUGUAGUAGGACAAAAUUUAGUUCAUACUAAUAAUGUUGAUCAUUCGUUAAGUCCACGUCCUACACAUCAUUCUCAAGUUGCACAAAUACAAUCACACAAUCAUCCUUCAUCUACUGUUAAUGUUGGCAACGGUCAACCACCACCAAGACAUACAUCUCAGAUACCUGUUACUACAAUUGUGCAAUCUGUAAAUCGACAAAUUUCUUGUAAUUCAACACCAUCAAAUGUUUCACAUACAACACCUACAGCUUUAACACCUGUAAUAUCAUUAACUCCAACUUAUUAUGGUCAUGAUGGUAAUCCUUUACCAUCUAAACCAGAAGAAUGUUUAAUUGGUUGUGUUCUAUUAAUUUUGGGUUAUCGAAAUGUACCUGAAUCACAAAAAGUUGUUUGGCGACGUGUAAUGCGUUCACAUGGUGCAGAAGUAGUAAUGGCUUAUGAUCCUAUUAAGGUUACACAUGUGGUUAUUGAUUGUCAACUAGAAGAACCUGAUGUCAUUAAACAAGCUUUAUUAGAUCAAAAACGUUUAGUUACAAUUUAUUGGGUGAAUGAUAUACUUGCCAAAGGUAGAAUGAUUGCACCAUUUGAAAUUUUACACUUACCAUCACCAUUUUCCAAAGAUAUCACUUUUUCAUUUAUUCGUACACAGAUCAUAUCACUAACUGGUUUCGAAGGUAAAGAUCGUCAAAAGAUUGAAAUGAUUAUACGUCAAAUCGGUGCUACUUUUACAGAUUAUCUUGAACCAUCCAAUACAUUGUUAGUUUGUAAACAACCAUCAGGUAAAAAAUAUGAAAUGGCUCAAUUAUGGGAUAUACCAUGUAUCAAUGUACGUUGGUUACAAGAUCUUUAUUUUGGUGAUUUAGCAACAUUAUCCUUACCAAUACUUCAUAAAUAUUUAUGCUUUGAAACAUCGGAUGUAACAAUUUCACUGGAACGAUGUACUCCACGUGUACAAGAUUUAAUGGUUGGAUGGCAGAAUCCAAUUCGAUUAACACAAGAAAUAUGGAUACGUUCUACCAAAUUAUCUCAUGAUUUUGCUAAUGAAGAACGUGAACGUAAACGUAAACUUGAAUUAGAUAGUAACACUAAUAAUGGUAAUAAUCAUUUGAAAAUUAAAAAAUCCAAAUGUUUAUUAACUUCAUUAACUGAUGAAGAUAUAAAAAUUGCAAUGUCAUGUCGACCAAGAUAUGAAAUUCUUUUGUUAGAAGCUGAACAAAAACGUGAAUUACAAGCAACUAUGAAAGCAUUGGCUGCAUCAGCUGCAGCUGCAGCAGCAGCCAAUGGUGAUCCUCAGAAUACUCCGGAAGCUGAGAUAAAUCUUCAAAUUUCAGCUGCUGCCGCUGUUGUUAUUGCAUCAACAACUAUCAGUGUUUCACCGGUAACUACAAUUACUACAACCACUACUACUACUACGAGUACUACUGCUACUAUUACUGACAAUAGUAAUAAUAAUAAUAGUGAUAUUACUGACAACAUUAAUAAUAAUAAUAAUUCAGCUUCAAAUAUAUCAGUUAAUACAGUCGAAAAUGAUAGCGAUACUGUUGACACAGUGUCUAAUGCUAAUCUAACAGUAAUUCAUCCUGUCACUACUAUUCAUAAUGUGAUCGCUGUUAACGAUCAAUUAAAUCCCCAAUUGUCAUAUCCUGUUGAUUUCACUGAAAUGUCCAAUUCACAACAAACUGAUGAUGUUUGUAAAGAAAAGAAUUCCAUCAUAAUAAAAAUGGAAUGUGACAGUCAUGUGUCUUCGAUUGCAGAUGAAUCCAACAAUACUAGUAAUAAUAAUAUUGAUAGUAAUAAUAAUGACGAUAAUGACAAUGGUGUUACAAAUUCUGUCGAACAACAACAACAAACAGUCAAAGAGUCCGAUCAUUCAAAGUAUGAAGAAUGCAAGAAAAUUGAAGAGGAAUUCAAACUAUCACCAUCAAUUAUUGCCUUACCUGAUCAAGCGGAUUCUGAUUAUUCUCAACCAUUGGAGGAAGAUAAAUCAUUAGAAUUGGAUUCCUCUAAGGCAGAGAAUAUUGUCUGUUGCAAUAAAUCUCCAAUAGCUAUUUUUGAAAAUGUUCCAAAUGAUGAAAUUACUCCUUCAUCGUCUAAUCACGUUAAUGUUUCUGGUGAUGUGUCUACUACUAAGGAUGAUAAUGUUGAUAGUAAUGAUGUCAUUGCUGUCAAUGACAUGAAUGAUGAUAAUGAUGAUGACAGUCAGAAUGUCGAUAGCAUGAAAUCUGAUCACAAUGUUGUUGCCUGUGAAAUAGAAACAAAUGAAAACUUGUCGCAAAUGACAUUUGAAUCAGAUGAUAUUGGUGCUCGUCAAGAAAUUGAUAAUAUUGAGAAAGUAGUAGUCGGCAAUAACGAGUCAAAUAAGAAUGAACUCGAUCAAUGUCAUGAUGAUACUGUCAACAUUCCUGAUAACAUUCAACAAGUAGAUGAUACUUCUAACACUUGUUUAUUCAAUAAAACUGAUGUAAAUGAAAUGAAUGAUGAUACUAUGAAUUCACCUCAACCAGAAAAUAAUUCAGUAAUAAUCAUUCAACAACAAGAUACAGAUAUUGUAAUGAUUGAUAAUUCAACCAAAGUUUCUCUAGAUAAUAAUAUUACUACUGAUUCAAUAAUUAUAAAAGAUGUCCAUGAUAGUAUUGAUCAAUUGAAUACUACAAAUAACUCGACAGAACUUUUAACAAUUAAAACAAAUACCACAUCUAUCAGUAGUACUAAUAUUUGUUCAACUGUUCAAUCUAAUCAAUCAUGUGACGAUGAUGAUAUAGUUCGUAAACGUUUAGCCACUAGUCCUAUAGAGGAUAUAAUGAUGAUGGAUAGUAAACGACGUGCAAUUGAAACAGACUCCAAUUCAACAAUAAUUAACAUUGUGACCACUUACUGCCCCGUCAUUUCUUCCACUUUACCGCAUACAUCUCCCACUACUGCCAUCACUUCUUUUUCUGCUUGUCAAAAUGAAAUGAAAGUAACUGAAAACACAUCGGAUUCCGUGUUCAAUGAUCAUGUGAAACUUGAUACUGACAAUUCAGUAGUUAUAUUACCUGUUGUAAAUAAAAUCGAUGACAAAUUGGAUGGUUUAGAAGAAGAUACCUCAGAAUCAUGUAGCCAUAUGGAUGAUGAUACUACAGAUAAUCUAGUUGUAGAAGAUAUUGUACAAACUACAGAUGAUCAUCAUCAUAAUAAUAAAAAUAAUCUGAUUCAUACUGUUUGUAAUGCUGAUACAAAUUCAACAAAUAAUCAAUCACUUCAUUAUCAUGAUGAUACCACUGUAUUACCACCACCCUCUCCGCCACCACCGCCGCCUCCACCACCACCACCUGUUUGUACAGAUAUCAAGAUUACAUUCACUGCAAUUGAUUUAGAAUCACGAUUAAGUUUAACAGAAUUAUGUUUACAAUUACCAGAUUGUAAAAUUGUUGACUCAGCUGAAGAAGCUACUCAUUUAAUAGCUAAUCGAUUAAUUCGUACACCGAAAACAUACAUGGCAGUUGCUUUAGGCUGUUAUGUUGUAACACCGAAAUGGAUACAAGCUUCUGUUAUGUGUGGUUAUUGGUUAGAUGAAACACCUUGGAUAUUAUCUGAUCCAGAUUCUGAAGCUCAAUUGGGCAUUGAUUUGAAAAAAUCAAUUAGUAUAGCACGUAAACGUCAAAUGAUUGGACCAGAAGCUGGUCUAUUUGCUGGUUUAGAAUUUUGGUUUUCACCAGGUGCAUGUCAUCGUGAAAUGUGUAUUGCAUUAAUUAAAGCUGGUCAUGGCAUAAUACGUCAAAGGCGGCCAACACAAAAAAUGGCGUUAUUAGCACAACCGAAACAAUUGAUUAUAUGUCAUGAAGAUGAUAGUCAUGUGGCUAAUUAUUUAAUGCGUACGAAAACAGGCAACAAAGCUGUUCAUCAUGAAGAGUUUAUUCUCAGUGGAACUUUACGUCAAGAACUUGAUUUCGAUGCUUAUCAAAUUCAAUAUGUAAACACGUUACGUAAUAGUUUGAAAGCUGCUGUGGCUGCUGCAGCAGCUGCUGCAUCACCUAAUAAUCAUAAUAAUAAAAAUGGUAAUAACAACAAUGGUACUGCAUCAAUUACAAUUCUCCCACCACCUACAUCAUUAAGAUUUGAUAGUAAUAGUAAUAAUAGUAGUAUUAGCAAUAUUACUAUCAUGGAUCCUCAGAAUGUUUUAUUAUCACCAUCAUCAUCGUCAUCAUCAUCAUCAUUAUUCAGUGGACGAGUUCCUCGUAGUCAAACUGAUUUAUUAACAACGAAUCAACAGGUUCAUUUAACUUCAUCAUCGAUUAUUCAAAAUACUUCAAGUCAACAAUUUUCUUAUCCAUCAUCAUCAUCAACAACAACUACUUUUCAUCAAAUACUUGUCAAUUCAUCGUCUAUGUCUACUGAUGUUAAAUCCAUCCCAUCAACUAUUACUACUUCUAGUAAUACAGAUAAUACACAUAUUCCAACUCAUUCGUACAUUACAUUAUCAUCAUAUAAACCUUUAUCAAAUGUUCAAUCACCUUUAACUAAUCAUCUUCAACUUACAUGUUCCUCUGAUAUAUCAUGUCAAUCAAUAAUUAAUAAUACAACUUGUCGUUUAAUAUCAAAAAUCACUAAAGCUGAUACUAAUCUUAGUUAUCUUUUAUCACGUUCCAAUACAUUAGAUCAAAUUCCAGUGACAAAUAAUUUAACAUGUAAUCUUGACGGUAAUCUACCCAGCACAUUGUCUUCAUCAUCAUCAUCAUCAGGUCAUAUGUUAUUAUCAUCAACUAUUUCACCAUCAAUAUCAUCUCAUCAACAAGAUCUUAGUAAUGUUCCAUUGGAUAAAACAAUUAAUGUAACCAAUAAGUCAAUAUCUGAUUUAAUCAUAUCAGUUUGUAAUGUGAAUACAUGUUCAACAAUGGAUUCAUUGAAUACUCCUACUAUUAUGCUACCACCAAAACCAUCAGUUAAUGCAUACUUUGCUAGUCUUGACAAUAAACGACUUAUUAUUGGAAAUAGUCGACCUACAAAUAGUACUAGUAAUAAUAAUAGUUUAUUGUUAACUUGUCCUAGUGUAACAGUUUCUGAUACAUUUUUAUCUAAUCAAGAAACAAGACAAAAUGUUGUCCAAUGUUCAGUCACACCAUUGACAGCAAUGAUUGUAGCAGCAGAACCAGCAGUUGGUGAUUUAAUGAAUCCAUUAUCAUUAUGUGAUACAGAUAAUAUUUCAGUAUGCUCUGUUCAAUCAACAUUUAUGUUAUCGAAACCAAGAGGUUUUCUUAGUCAACUAUCAAAUAUAACUAGUACUGUUACUGGUACUUGUAAUAAUAAUAAUAGUAAUAGUAGUAAUAAUAAUGGUAAUAAUAAUAAUAGUAAUAGUUCCACAGUUAGUUUAAAUGCACGAAUAGCAGCUGCUGAUGCAAAUGCUGUGGCCAGUGCAACCGCAGCUGCAGUAAGUGCAUUGAACAGUAGUAAUCAUAAUACUGGUAUUAUUGUUGGCAAUACUAACAGCGCUAGCAGUAAUCCUGAGAUAAUCAAUAAAACUGGUUUAGGGCUAACCGUUUCAUCAACACCUGUUAUCAUUGUUGGCGUUGGUAUUGAUGGUAGCCUUGGUAUACCUAUUAGAUCAGCAUCAUCAUCAUCAUCGCGAACUAAUAUAUUGACUGUAGAUAAUAAAUUUCCUGCAUCGGAAUUAAUUGAUUCAUCUAGAAAUUUGUUAUCCAAUAUUCAACAUCAACAACAACAACCGUUAUCCUCUCCCUCUAUCAGUUUUACCACAUCAGCAGCACCAACAAACUUAUCAUUAACAAUUGAUUCAUUCGACAUUGUGAAAAAUCAGAGUCAUGUGGACAAUAUUACGGUUAGUAUUGAUAAUGCUGGCAACAAUACUACUACUAAUAGUAAUAGUAAUAAUAAUAAUGCAGAUUCAUUACUUAGUUGUCAAUCAUCUUCUUCUAUGCUACAACAACACCAACAACAGCCUUCGCAUAAGUUAACAUCUUCGUCAAUUCUAAUCAAUUCAACAAAUAACGAUGGCGGUGAUGAUGACGAUGAUGUUGGUGAUGCAGCAGUAGUUAGUCUUCCAUAUUCUUUUUCAUCAUUAUCUGAUUCUGCAUUGAUUAUUCAUAGUACAACAGCAACCUCGACGACAACAACCACAACAACAACUCAUAAUGUUGUCGUUGCAACUACUACAUCGAAUUAUUUAAUUGUCCAAUCAUCAUCGUCAUCAUCAUCAAUGACAGCACCGUUAUCAUUGUCAUCAUCCGUACCUGUAUUGUACACAUCUAAUUUAAUGCAUUGUUUAGAUAAAGAACAUUCGUCUAAAUUUUCUAUUGUACAUGAUUCCACUUAUCAAACUGAUAGUAAUAAUAAUAAUAAUAAUAAUAGUAAUGCGUAUUCUGAAAUGCCGAAUCCACAUAUCGAAAGUAAUAUUGAUAAUUCAGUCGUGAUAAAUGGUAGUACAGUUGCCGAUACUACUACUACUGCUACUGCUACUGCUACUAUUACUACUACUAGUACUAUUUGUAACAAUUCUACUGACAAUGAUACAAUUAAGAAUACAGCUCCUUUAACAGAAUUAUAUUUUCCUAAUAAUAUGAAUGAAACUAAUAAUUAUUCUAAUAAUGACAAUAUUGUAUGCAUAGUACAAUCAACCACUCCCGAUGUACAAACAUCUUCGAAUUCUACAUUAUCUUUUUGUUCAGCAACAUGUUCUGUGUCACCCGUAACAACAUCAGGAUAAUUUAGAUUAAUUGACUUAAUGUCAUAUCAAGUUUUGAUUGUCUUCUCCUGAUGGUCCUAGUUGUGUUUUUAAGAUGUCUUAAUGGCUUCUUCUUCUUCUUCUUCGUCUUAGAGUGAGUGCUUUGCUCAUUACACUUCAUCACAAUUAUGUACAUCAUGCUGUUCCUACUAUUUGUUAUUAUUAUUAUUAUUAUU